CAUCCUAUCUGAUCCAUCUCAGCCUCCGAAGCUUCGGCCAAAAAAUGAUCACACUACCGCCAGCCUACCUGCAACUCUUCCUCUCGACAAUGGUUCCCCUCAGUCAUCGAAAUGUCAGCCCCAACACACUCUAGUACACGACCGCUCUAUCGACAACCUAAUAAGAAUGAUGGCAGCUCUUUCUCUCGAUGAGGUUCCCUCUCAAUUAUCGAAACUUCGCCCGCAUCACGUUCUACACGACCACGCUAUUGACACGCUACCCAAUAACACAAAAGUUCUUGCUAUCGACGACAACCACGCUAUCGACGCUCUUCUGCGAAAACCAAGAGUUCUUACUCUCCACGAUAACCACGCUAUCCACAACACAGAAGCUCUUACUCUCGACGACAAUCACGCUUUCGACGCUCUACCGCAAAAAUCAGAAGCUCUUACUCUCGACGACGACCACGCUAUCAACAUGCUUCCCGAGGACACAGAAGCUCUAAAUCUCGACGACAACCACGCUAGCAAUGCUCUGCUGCAAAACCCAGACGCUCUUACUACCCUACACGACGACGCUAUCGACGAUCUACUUCAACAGAUGGAAGCCCUUACUCUCGACGAUAAUCCCCAUCAUAGUCUCAAUCCUCGACACUUACGCCGCAAUGCAUCUUACUCGACGACACCACCAACACCCUCUUCCGAAAUAUCAAAGUUCUUACUCACGAUAGCUGUUCUUAGUCCUCGGAAUUUCAACUACGACUCACCCUACACGACAAUGCUAUCAACGCCAUACAUCGACAUGUGGAACCUUGUAUUCUCGACAAUAGUCCCUCACAGUCGUCAAAAAUUCGAUUACUAGUACAUUAUCGACAUCCUACUAGCCGCUAAACUCCACGCGACGUCUACGAAUGAGUCCCAUGCAACCAAACACGUCAGACAUUGUCUCAUCACACACGUCUUCGGUGUCAGAGGUCCCCUACGAUCAAUCCGAUGACCGCCUACUAAGGGCCUCCCUCACUGUCCCCUACGACACGGAGUCAUUAUCCGUGAGGUCGAAGGCCCCCCGCACAUACUACGCACCCAACUUAUCGCAAGUCCUCGAUGAGUCAAAGGUC